UCUCGUUGGAAAUCUAAUACUGCUCGAGCGAUGGUGAAUAAUAAUAAUGAAAAUAAUCGAUUGAUUAUCAGUGCGAAAGACAUUGACCAUUCGACUUGAAUUUCAGUGAAUCAUUUUGUGUUCGUUUAAUUUCGAGGAAAUUGAAGCAGUAGUUAUGAUUCGAAAAAACUUGCCCAUCAAUGGAACCCAUGUCGAUACGGACUAUUUAGAAAUAACGAUGGGGGUUGAUUUUGACAAAUAUUGAGCUGUUGAACUGUUCCUAAUUAGUGAGAGACAUGUGUUGUUCUUAUACUGCCAAAAUCGUGUUGAUGAUAUGUGUUUCCUGUUGGGAAAUGGUUGAAAGUAUGGAAAACCUGACGCUGGUCCCUUACGUGAAGACUCCCCGACACAGAGGUGCCGCAAGACAGAUGUAUGGUUCAGGUUCUCUUCGACCAAGGGACUCGCAUCCCGUUUACGCAACUGAUCGAAGACACUACGGGGAACGUAGUACCAUAAGUCCUGAUCUGAGCAGAUUCCGAGAUCUACCAUAUCCUGGUUUUCCAUAUCCGCCGGAAAUGUAUCCUAUUCCCGAGGUCAUAGCUGGGCCAAGAUCCUCCACUAGAAGCGGUGGAUACUAUGGGGGACGCAUAGAAUAUUACUCUGGAAAACCUGACCCUGUCUUUUUGGGAGGCAAAUAUCCCUACGAUUUGAGCAACUUACCAGGAAGGGGUUUCAUUUUCAGAAAAAAUAAAACGAGGAUUGGAUCUAUAAGAACCAAUGCCCACAAUAAUCCAUUCGACGAUUCAACUAACGAAGCAGCAGAGGAUACUUGCAGUGGCUCAAAGUGUGCGGAAGAUGAAUAUUUGUGCGCCAGCAGCUGUAUUUGCAUCAGCCAGGAUGCAAGAUGUGACAAAAGAAUGGAUUGCAAAGACAAUGAGGACGAAUUUGAUUGCUCCGAGUAUGAAUUGGAGAGACACAACAAAUGCACUGGAGCUCAAAAUACUAGAUGCAUCAGUACUGGAAAGUGUAUAUUGAAGGAAUGGUUGUGCGAUGGUGAGGAUGAUUGUGGCGAUUUUUCUGAUGAAACCCAAUGCGAAGGUACAAAGAAUUGUACAGCGGAGGAGUUCGAGUGUUCAAAUGGACUGUGCAUACCAAAGACAUGGGUCUGUGACAAUGAAGUAGAUUGCAAGGAUUUUUCUGACGAAUGGAACUGCACCCAAGCAGGAUGCAAACCUGAAGAAUUUGACUGCGGAGAUGAUACCUGUAUACCCCAGAACUGGAAAUGUGAUCGGCAAAGGGAUUGUGUCAAUGGGGAAGAUGAAGAUCAAUGCAAUCUAAUUGCUCCAGUUUGUCUUGUCGAUGAAUUUCUGUGUUCGAAUCACAAGUGCAUCAAAGCGAAAUUCAAAUGCGAUGGCGACAAUGAUUGUGGUGAUUGGAGCGACGAAUAUAACUGUAAUGUUAUCCGACAAAUGUGUGAAGUGGGCGAAUUCAGAUGUUCUGAUGGAAGAUGCAUACCAGAAAGGUAUCGCUGUGACAAACAACGUGACUGCAAUAAUAAUGACGAUGAAGCAAAUUGUGACUACUCCAUCAAAAAGAAUUGUUCUUUCGAUGAAUACUCAUGUCAGAGUGGUUCCUGUAUUUUGAAAACCUGGGUUUGCGAUGGAUCACAAGACUGCAGUGAAAAUGAAGACGAAAAUGACUGCAAGAUUGUCUGUGAUGAGUCCAAGUUCCCCUGUGCCAAAUCCUACCCCGACGAUAAUUCGACAUCCUAUUGUAUCAAUAAGAAACACGUAUGUGAUGGUCAGGAUGAUUGUCCAAAGGCGGAAGAUGAAAUGAAUUGUCCUAAGAUGAGAGAGUGCGAAAAAGGAACUAAAUGCGAACAACUCUGUAUCACCAACCAUAAUGGAAGUCAAGGCUGCUCUUGUCGCAGGGGUUUCAACCUUGCAGAAGAUGGUGUAAAAUGUAUCGACAUAGACGAGUGUCAAUACGCUACAGAUCCAGUGUGCUCGCAAACGUGUACCAAUACUGUAGGUAGUUUCAAAUGUGGUUGCUUGACAGGAUACGUCUUGCGCCCAGAUUUACGUUCUUGUAAAGCUCAAGGUGCAACUCCCACUCUGCUAUUUGCCAAUAGAAAAGACAUAAGACAGGCAUCCUUGAGCAGUGCAAAGUAUACUACUUUAUUGAAAGGACUGCACAACGCCAUAUUCCUCAAUUAUCAUUAUGAGAAACAAAUGAUUUUCUGGUCUGAUAUGUCUUUGGAUGUCAUCAGGAGAGCUUAUAUCAACGGCUCAUCUCCUGAAGAUGUCGUCAAAAUUGGCUUAGAAGCUCCCGGAGGUUUGGCUAUAGACUGGAUACACGAUCUUAUAUUUUGGACAGAUGCUGGCUCUCAAAGAAUUGAAGUUGCUAGUUUGGAUGGUAGGAACAGGGCGAUUUUAGCGGCAGACGACAUGGAUAAGCCGAGAGCUAUAGCAGUCCAUCCCGGAGAAGCCAUGGUGUUCUGGGCAGAUUGGGGACCGAAUCCAAAAAUCGAGAGUGCUGAAAUGGACGGGAGAAACCGCAAGAAGAUAAUAACGGAGUCGAUAUUUUGGCCUAACGGACUGGCACUAGAUUAUACUACCGAUCGUAUUUAUUGGGCAGACGCUAAGCAUAACGUCAUAGAAUCCUCGUUUCUAGACGGUACAAAUAGAAGGAAAGUUGUGAGCAAAGGUUUACCCCAUCCUUUUGCCAUCACCAUAUUCGAAGAUAUCAUAUAUUGGACCGACUGGCACACCAAAUCCAUUUCGUCAGCCAGCAAAUCUUCUGGAAAAGGACUAAGGACCAUUCAUUCCAAAUUGAAUUUUCCUAUGGAUAUACAUAGUUUUCAUCCUCAAAGACAGCCCAAAUACAAAAGCCGCUGCGAUAAGAAUAAUGGUUGCUCCCAUAUGUGUCUUCCGAAUAAGAAAUCCUACAGCUGUGUCUGCCGUUUCGGACAAAAAUUGGGACCUGAUGGAAAGUCAUGUGUGGAACCAGAGAAAUUCAUAUUUUACGCUCGGAAAAAGAAUCUGGUCAUCAAGCAUUUGGACGAAGAUGCUUUACACGAACACGAUAUAGUACUACCAGUCGAAGGGUUGAAAGCUGUUUCUGGAAUCGCUUGGGACUCAGUAUUGAAUAUAAUAAUUUGGACUGACGUGGAGAAGAAGGCCAUAUACAAAGCGUUUUGGAACGGAAGCAGUCAAGAAACCAUCGUAGAAACCAAUCUUGAAUCGCCUAUUGGAAUCGGAUAUGACUGGUUGACGAAGAAAAUCUAUUGGGUCGAUGCGAGGAUGAACAGGUUAGAAGUGGUAGACAUUGAGGGUAACAAUAGGUGUUUACUUGUUUGGGAAGACAUAGACACUCCUCGUGACAUCGUGGUCAAUCCAUAUGAUGGUUUUAUGUAUUGGACCACUUGGGGAGAAAAACCCAGAAUAGAAAAGACUGGAAUGGACGGAUCAGCUCGCAGCGUGAUAAUCAGUGAAGAUCUAAUUUCUCCAUCUGGGUUGUCUAUAGAUUUCGAAGCUAAAAAACUAUAUUGGGCUGAUGGUAUCGACAAAUGUAUAUCCAUGUCUAAUUUCGAUGGAACUAAGAGGAAAACAGUUAUAGAAGGCUCCACCAUGCCACACCCCUAUGGAUUGGACGUAUUUGGUAAAAGUAUAUACUGGACCGAUUGGGCUAAUUCAACACUGGAAAGGGCGAAUAAACUGGAUGGUUCCAAUAGAACUCUACUCGAGAAAAAAGUGACGAAUAUUAUGCAAGUCAAGAUUUUUCAUCGGAAUAGGCGAACGAUAGCAACACCUUGUGACAAGGAUAACGGAGGCUGUACACAUUUGUGUCUGUUGAAACCGUUCGGAUAUUCGUGUGCUUGUCCUACAGGAAUUAAAUUGAAGGAGGACGGUAAAUCUUGUGCCAGUGGUCCCACCAAUUACCUUAUUCUUGCACACGGAACUGAUAUUCGACAAAUCUCACUAGACGUACCUUAUACAGCCGAUGUUGUUCUACCAUUCCCUCCGUUGAAAAUGGCAGUUUCUGUUGAUGUUGAUCGCAGAACUGGCGAAAUAUACUGGACUGAUACACAAGAGGCGGUUAUCAAGAAGAUAAAAUCUGAUGGGUCUGAUCUGCAGAUAAUUAUCAUGCACGAGCUCAUGAAUCCUGAUGGUAUAGCAAUUGAUUCCACUGGCAGGAAGAUUUAUUGGACUGAUAGGGGAAGGAGUAGUAUCGAAGUGUGCGAACUAGAUGGCUCCAACAGAAAGGUCCUAUUUUCCACUCACAACGGAAAUCCUAGGGCCAUAGCCUUGCACUAUCACCACGGCCUAAUUUUCUGGUCUGAUUGGGGAAGCAAACCUAAGAUUGAAGUUGCAAAUAUGGACGGUCAAAAUAGGAAAGUGAUAAUCGACACAAAUUUAGAAUGGCCGAACGGUUUAGCAAUCGAUAGGCCGACUAAUAAAUUAUACUGGAAUGAUGCGAAGAAAAAUAAGAUUGAAUCUUGCAGCUUCAACGGUCAAAACAGAAAAAUUAUUCUGCAAAGUUUACCCCAUCCCUAUGGCUUAGUUAUUGUUGGCAAUCAUAUGUAUUGGACGGACUGGAAAACUCAAGCUUUACACAGAGCGGAAAAGUUUAAGGGCUCUGAUAGCAAGAUAAUUCGAAGAAAUUUAACAGGUCUGAUGGACGUGAGAGCAGUGCAAACGGACAACAUUGCAGAGAACGCCUGCGGUACCAACAACGGAGGAUGUUCACAUCUUUGUCUGCGCAACCCAACAUCCUACACUUGUGCAUGUCCUACGGGAAUAUUGCUCAAGAAAAACAGUACUAAGAUAUGUGAGAACUCACCGUCGACAUUCAUUCUGGUAUCGACGAGAUUCGCCAUCAGUAGAAUAAGUUUAGAUACCGCGGAUGCAUGGGAUUACACUUUACCGAUCAAGAAUCUGAACGAAGCAUACGACUUGGACUUCCAUUGGACGCAUAAAAAAAUCUACUACAACGAUUUAGAAAAGAAGACCAUCCGAAGUAUCAAUAUGAACGAUUUGUCCGAUGUGAAAGAUGUGAUUAAAACAGCCACUAACGGUAUAACUGUUGAUUGGAUUGCCGAUAACAUUUACUGGACUAACAGCGAGAAGAAAACGAUCGAAGUGGCCAGGCUGGAUGGUUCUUAUAGCAAAACCGUGAUUGGGGGAAAUCUGCAAGACCCACACUCUGUGGCAGUGUUUCCUAGAAAAGGCUUCUUGUAUUGGACUGAUUGGAAAGAGCCGAAAAUUGAGAGAUCUUAUUUGGACGGGUCGUCACGUCUCGUGUUGAUUAAUGAAGACAUAAGUUUUCCUCUGGGUCUAACCAUCGAUUUCGGCAGCAAAAGAUUGUACUGGAUUGAGGCCAAAUCGAAUGAGGAUCGAAUAGAAACGGCAAAUUUGCAUGGACAAAACAGGAUUAGUCUGGAUAUAAAACAAACUCUUCCAUAUGCUCUUGCACAGCUGGGUUCUCAUAUCUACUGGACCGACUGGAAAAACAAAAGUGUUUAUCGAGCAGAUAAGACGUCGGGUAAAGAGCAAACGAUCUUAAGACCUGAUUUGGAUGCUGCCAUGGGAAUCACCAUCGUUUCGGAAACGAAGCAACAAGGAUGGAAUCCCUGCGCUAUCAAUAAUGGUGGAUGUGAAUACCUAUGUUUCUACACAAAUAAGAACUACACCUGUGGAUGUCCUGAUGAUAAGCCAAACUGCAAAAAAGAGCCAGCCGAACGGGUUCCCGAAAAAUGUCCAAAGGAAAAAUUCAACUGUGGGAACGACUACGACAACGAUGAUGACUCUGAGCCUAAUUACUACGACCCCUACAAUGGCAAAUUUGACGACGUCGUGGAACGCUUCGGCUCCAGGCACACACAGGCCUACUAUAUCAUCUCCUUCCUCUUGCUGGCUUGCGUCCUUCUGAUGACCAUCAUAUUGGUGGCGGUCAUUUUGUUCAUGCGGGCAAAGCACCGCUGCGGUUACGGACAUGGGAGUAGUUUUGCUAAUCCGAAUUAUUACUCUCCAAACAAUGAUUCUGUCGCAACGAAUUCUACUAAUGGGAACUUGGACAAGAGACAAUUCAUUUGGAAACGACUGAAAUAUGACAAAUCUCAGGAACGUGUUUAUGAGGAAACAGUAGGCACUAACAGUCCAGAAGUAGUUAGUCUUAUUCCAAUGUACCUCACUCCCAACAGUUCCAAAUGCGAUGGUAUCACAUCGAGUUUGGAGAGAUCCCCAUCUGCAACACCUCUUCAAGAGAUGACAGAAAUCGACCCAGUAAUAUAAAUAAAUGACAAUUCCUAAGAGAGGGAAUAGAACUAAGGUCGUGUUGAUUUUUGUUACUAAAUGGAUAUUAGUGACAUUCACUUUUCAGAUAUAGAAGAUUUUAUUAUAAAAUAGAAAAUAAUGAAACAAAAAUCAAGAUUGUAUAGACUGAAACUCAAAUUAUUGGUAUGUUGAAUGACCUCACCAAGAGGCCUACCUUGUUAUAAAAUAAGUAAUAUCAAGCAUAUUGAUCCAAUAAUGCUGGAUGAUCCAUUUUUGGUGAUGUUAUUUGAAGCCCCAUCCAGAGAAGGCUAAUUGUCGCUCAGAAUUCUCCUAAAAUAGAUUACAACAAUAAUUUUUCGACAAUUAGCGUGAUCAAGAAAUCUUCUGAUUCUACCGGGAUGAUGUAAUAGGAGUGUUAUGAAGUAAUCCUCAAAAACUGGUCAUGGGUACAGUUCGAUUGAAGGAAACUUAUGCAGGUGUGAAAAUUAUGAAAAAUAUCAACUUUCUGUGAAAUAUGUAACGAAUGAUAAAAAUUACAUUUGACAAGCAGGAUAAAUGAGGACAAUAAAAUGGUUAUUGGAUGGACAGGAAAUCAGUUGGGACAAGUUCGAUAAGAGAGAGAUCCUUGAAGUGAAGCAUUCCUGAAGCAGAAAUGGUUCGGUAGUUCGUCAGUCUAGGAGCUAGCUACUGUCAGGAUUUUUGUGAAUUUGCUGUACUAUGAAUCCCGAGUAACGGUGUGAAAUGGAACCAAAUCACAACGACAAAUGAACAUGCACUAAUAGAAAAUCGGGAAAUAAGUUUUUCAAGGUUGAACUUUUAUUCGUUAAAUGGUUGAAAAUGAAGAAAAAGUUUAUGUGUGUCAAUAAAUUGGACUUACAUUGGUGGAGCUGAACUGUCAACCGGUAUAAACAAGAAUGUUGAUUAUAGAGUAGUCAAGAAAAGGCACGUUGUUCUGGUCUGAAGUGCGAUAAAAUUAUUUUGAAGGGAGAAUUACUGUAUUGCAGAAAUAUUGAUUGAGAUUUAAAAGUGGUGAAAUUUUCUCAUUUUAAUCAGGAUGUCGUGAACUAGAAAACAGUGUUGAAAUUCUGCGGAUUUAUAAUUUGAUAAUUUCAAAUAUUUCUUCAGCCCUGAAAUCAAAAGAGCAAUCAACUUCAGUUACUUGGAUUUUAUAUCAAAUAGUUACCCUAUCGGACUCUUGGUUGAAAUCCAACUGAUAAUUUAUCAGAUUGAUGCAUUUUUAUUUUUCGAUUUUUAUGGAUAUUCUUUUGAAACUGUCUAAAUUGGAGCGUCCUGAAAGGAUUAGUUGUAACAAGACAUCCACAAUCUUGGAACAGAAAUGGUUCAUUCCGAUUACAAAAUACA